AUGGAGCUGGCGGCCGCGGACCGGGCGGCGGUGCGCGCGCUGUGGAGGAAGCUGGGCGGCCACGCGGCGGUGUACGCCACCGAGGCGCUGGAGAGGACCUUCCUGGCCUUCCCCGCCACCCGGGCCUACUUCCCCCACCUGGACCUGCGUCCCGGCUCCGCCCAGGUCAAAGCCCACGGCCAGAAGGUGGCGGACGCGCUGGCCCUCGCCGUGGCCCACCUGGACGACCUGCCGGGCGCGCUGUCGGCUCUGAGCGACUUGCACGCGCGCGCGCUGCGGGUGGACCCGGCCAGCUUCCAGCUCCUGAGCCACUGCCUGCUGGUGACCCUCGCCAGGCACUUUCCUGGGGACUUCAGCGCCCCCAUGCAGGCCUCGCUGGACAAGUUCCUGAGCCGCGUGUCCGCGGCGCUGGCGUCCGGCAGCCGCUGAAGCGGGGCGGGUG